UGUGAUAUUUUCAAUGGUGAUGUUUUCCAGAUUGUUUGCCAUUUUGGAAUGUGAAAAAGUUGAAACUUGAAGAACGAAGAACGCUCUGGUUGUUGAUUAUUAGAAUAGAAUAGAAUAAAGUAUUAUCCUUUUAAAGUUGACUGUUUAUUCUAUUAACUGUUUCUAUUUAAAACAAUGUCUGGAUCAUCAUCACUCAACACAAGUCAACUGUCGCGGUCAAGUUUUACAAACCACGAAAGGCGGUUCUUUUUUGGGGAAAUAACGCAAGAGGUCCAAAAUAUUUCAGAGGAAGACAAUAUAAACCAUGAAGAGAGGAUAAGAAAACUCGGAGAUAUCAUAGACAAGGUCGAGUCGGAGGCGCCGAGUGUAAACAAAUAUAACAGUUUAUACACAGGCGAUUAUUACCUACACUCCAGAGUGUUGAAGGACACCAGUGAGCUGACAAAGCGAUGCACGGAACAAGUCACUGGCGAAAUCAAUAAUUAUGACAAGUUUGCGCUUGCCCAGAGUAUUGCGGAAAACCCCGAUUUCUGGGAUUUUACGUUCCCAUACGAAGUGCCGCCGGUGGUGUACCUGUUUGGCACGUUUGACCCCACACCCCUCGAAGAGAGACCUCGCGUCCCUCGCAGGAGGGUCGAGAGACAGCGCCCCGGCGAUGUGAAGGCUCCUCAAAAACUGGACCAGGUGUCCAAAAAACCAGACGAGGGCACAGAGAGAGUCCAGCAGGUUUUGCGCUUCGUGAACAAGGCGUGCAAGAAUGGACCCAUCAGCUAUUUCCACCUGGUGCUGGACCCCACCUGCUUUACCCGCACCAUCGAGAACAUAUACGAUAUGUCCUUCCUGGCCAGAGACGGCUUGGUUGCUGUCACUUUGGAUGAAAAGGCCGGGCUGCCUUUUGUAACGAGAAUGGGAGGGGAGAAGAAGCGUCGCGCCGAAGACAACGCAGAAAACCAAUUCGUUGUCUCUAUGGACAUGCAGAGAUGGAGGGACUUGACUCAAGCUUUCGGGAUUCGUAAACCGAUGAUGAAGACGUAGUUUACAACCGACAUAUAAGCGCCAAAGAAUUUUUUAUUGUGAUUUUAGUAUUAAAUAACUCUUAAACCAGUCUAAGGAGA